CAAUUGAGUCUACAGUCUACAUCGUCGACGGGUGGUUUUCUUUCUGCUCAUAAAAAAUGCAACACAGCUGCCAUGCUGCACCUUUGGAGCUUGUCCGGUGAGCUCGUCGUGGAGCUGCCAGAAGAUGCGUUGGAUGCCAUCGUUCAAAGCAAGACACCCGUCAGAGCGCUGAAGGAGUACUUGGCAGAUCGGGAUCGUGUUGGAAGGUCCCGGUUUCAACAAAAAGUCUUCAGGGAAGGGACUCAGUUACAUGAUGAAGCUUCAGUCUCACCUGGAGAUCUACAGCUGGUGAUUUCAGAUUUUCAAGAGAUUCCUCAUCAGGAUUUCCUUGAAGCAUGUGAAGCUGGCCGGGUGGAUGAGGUAGAAACACACCUUCACUUGCCAUAUGAUCCCAACACUCAAGACCCAAAACAUCGAGUAGCCCUCCAUGUGGUGGCUGUCUUUGGCCAAUUGGAGGUGCUGCGAUUGCUCUUGGAGGCUUUUGCCGAUGUGAAUGCAACCGACGUCUAUGGCAGAACUGCCUUGCACGAAGCCACGGCCAAUGGGCACGUGAAGGUGAUGCGAGAAUUGCUGAAGGCACAAGCUGACGCCAAUGCAGCGGGACAAGAUGGCAUCACAGCGUUGCAGUGGGCAUCUCGUCGGGGUUUCCCGGCCGUCGUACGAGAGCUGCUCUUGGCAAAAACUGACCAGGAGGCUUCAGCAAACGAUGGUCGAACUGCAUUGCAUUGGGCAUGUUUGAAUGGGAACUUGCAUGUGGUUCAAGAGUUGUUCAAUGCAGGUGUUGACAAAGAGGCUGCGGCACAAGACGGUUCCAGAGCUGUGCACUUUGCAAGUUUGAGAGGCCACUCCGAAAUCGUGAGGUUACUCCUAGCGGCGGGCGUUGACAAGGAUGUUGCAUCAACUUCCGACGGCAAAACAGCUUUGCACUUUGCGGGUCAGAAAGGACACCUUGCAGUGGUGCAAGAAUUGCUGAAGGCCAGAGCCAACAAGGAUGCUGUGACACGAGAUGGCUCAACGGCUUUGCAUUUGUCAGCGCGGAGGGGACACUUGGAAGUGACGGAACUGUUGUUGAAGUUUGGUGUUCAAAAGGAAGCUCAAAGGGAAGAUGGAGCAACUGCAUGGCAAUUGGCAGCUGAGCAGCAGCACUUGGAAGUUCUUUACUUGUUAGAUAGCGACAGCGCAUUUGACAGCUAAAAGAGUCAGGGACUCAUGUGCAUCAUGUGCCGCGUUUGCAGUUGCUGCUGCAUUCUAGUACUUUCACUUGACACAGCAACAUGCAACAGCACAAGAUGGUGUCCCCGCUCUGACAAUUGAACACAUGGCAAAGUGACUGUCGCAUGUCGCUUAAGGGCAUCCAUCGGAA